ACAGCCUCUCUCGCUUAGCUCCAGCUCCGCGGCAGCCCCGCCCCUUUCCAUCUCCCCAUCCCGUUCUCCAUCUGCUAUCCCAGCACGCAGAUGGGGCUGCCGCGUUGACUGGCUCUUCCCUGCGUCUCUCGCGCACAGCUGGGCUGCUGGCCGCUGUCAUGACAAGCCCAGGGAGGGCAGACGAGCCGGACCGGACGCUUUUCGUGGGGAACUUGGAGAGCCGCGUGCAAGAGGAGAUUCUCUACGAGCUUUUCCUGCAGGCUGGACCGGUAACCAAAGUGACCAUAUGCAAGGACAAAGAUGGAAAACCCAAGACUUUUGGAUUUGUCUGCUUUAAACACACAGAGUCAGUGCCUUAUGCCAUAGCUUUGCUGAAUGGGAUUCGUUUAUACGGAAGACCAAUUAAAGUGCAAUAUCGGUUUGGGAGUUCCCACUGUGUAGAGUUAAUCAAUCAUUGCCAGAAUGUGGAACAUGAUAUACAGUCAUCAACACGCAGGAAUUUAGAGCCUUAUGGCGGUACUCCAUUACCUCUAAGUCCUUUUCAGGUGAAUAAUAGUCUACCACAGGGUUAUUCUGCCUUUCAGAAUAUGAUGGCGUGUUUCUUAGCACACCAAUAUACCCCUUAUAAUCCAAUGGGACAGCAAUUUCCUUGCUAUCAGAUGGCAUCACCACCGUUGUUUCCAAGUCUUCCUGUUCCAGCCUAUCUGAAUCCAGGACAAACUUCUUUUGAAUGUGUGUACCCAGAGCCAAAGAACCACACACAGUAUCUGGCUACGGAAGGUUCAUCUAAAAGGAAAAGGUCUCAGGAAACUAGUGACAGUGAUAGUAGUGUGGGAAAUGACAGGAAAAAAACAAAAAGAAAGUCAACAAAAUUAUAAGGACAUAAAUAUGUGUACAAUGGGGUUGACUACAUGGUGCCUAUUUGCAUUCUACUAAGAAAUAGGACAUGGCUAUUGUGGUAUAUAAGAUUAUUUAUAAUGGUUUAAGGUAAAGUAUUAUAGAAGUUACACUCUGAUUAAAAGGGAGAAAUAGCAUUUUUUGGAUAUAUUUUUAAUUACCUUACUACUUCACAGGAAAAAAUAUAUACAAAGCAUUGUAAUCUCAUCUAGUAACUUUGUCCACAGUAAAGAGUGGCUGUCUUUAGCCUGGCUUGCAGUUAUUCGAAACUGUUUAUAUAGUUUUUGGUCCUCGUGGUUCCUUACAUGGCUGCAGGAAAUGCAUAAAUAGCAUGUGGAGGUACCCUUUUCAGCUUUCCCACAUCAUGGUGGAGAGUGGGGCAUUCAAAUAUGUACUGUAAAUGAAACAAAAUACUUGUGUACAUGGAAAUCUAACAUGUUAGGCUUAGGCUUAAAUUAAGCACUUCUCUCAACUAUGCUAGCUUUCCUUGGGGAAGUUGUUUGUUAUUAAUGUGGAGAAACAUGCAAAUAUAUAACUGCUCACUUACUGGUUCAAAAGGGUCAUAACACUUGUUAUUUCUGCAAAUUUGAAUUGGCUUUAAAGCAAUCUGAAGCAACUUUCAGCUUGAUUCAGCUUGAGGAUCUAGUGCCACGAAAUUCUGUGGGAUUUACUACUAAAUGUGCAAUAUAAUUGCAGUCUCACUUGGAAAUCCAAGAACUGUAUGGGAACCAGAAGGAUUUCAUUCUGAGUAAAUAUAUUUAUGAAAAGAAUGCCAAAUCCAUAUGGACACAAGGGACACAAAUAAGAAUAUUACUGGGUGCUAUUGAAGGAGACAUGAGAAUGAAGUAAAUUUUCUCUUAAGAUAUGCCUUGUUUGCAAAGUUGUUUAUGAAUUCAAGGGACUAGCCUUGCAAUUCAGGAUUGCAGAGUAUAUAUAGGCACACAUUAUUGGUUAAGUUCUUUCCCACAUGCAAAUGUUGAAAGGCUUGAAUUUUCACACGAUGUCACAAUGUGAUGCAGGUAAACAAUAAAGUUUAUUGCUAAAACCUGCUUUUGGUACUUGGCAAGAUAU